GCUACGCCACUGUCGCCACGUGUCGGAGAACUCUAACCUCCGAUAAAAUUUCUUUACACGCCGAAAUAUUUUAAGGAGCGCACGUUUCAUCGACAAUACUCCCGAAUAAUGGCGAGCAGCGAAAAAGUGACACGUAUGGAAGAUAUACUGAAUGCGGCAACGGUACAAAAUAAAGACAGGUCAAAGUCGUCGCCCGUCGCUGAGAAACGCGAGAGACAAGGUAUCCCGCGAGGCAAACCGAAAUCUGGUAGGAUAUGGAAGGGAGAAAAAACGAAAUUUUCUUCUAUUAUUAAAACCCGUGGAAUUCGGUUGUCGUUGGACAAGAAACAAAAACUGAGGGAGGAUCUGAAACGUGUUAAGGAGAUGUCAAGGGCAAUCAAGGCACAGAAACAGGCGGACAAGGAGGCCAAGAAGCAGCGAAGAAGAGAAAAUUUAAAGAGGGCAGAAGAGAACAGGAAGAAGAGUGAAAUUGUCCAAGUUAUAAGAAAUACUACGAAGAUAAAAAGAAUGAAGAAGAAACAAUUAAGGAUGAUUGAAAAGAGGGACACAACUAAUAUGUAACAUUAAAUAAAACUGCAGAAAUAGAACACUU